AAUGAAUCAAGAAAAUACUUUUUCAGACAAAUAUGGCAAAGAGUGGCAUUUUGGUAAUUGUCGCAGCUCUUGUUGUUCUUGCAGUUUGUGGUGUUUUUGCAGCAGAGGAGAAGGAACAUGUGUUGACUUUGGACCAUUCUAACCUCACUGAAACAGUUGCAAAGCACAACUUCAUUGUUCUUGAAUUCUAUGCACCUUGGUGUGGGCACUGUAAGAGUCUUGCUCCUGAGUAUGAAAAAGCUGCCUCGGAGCUGAGUAGUCAUGAUCCUCCAAUUGUUCUAGCUAAGUAUGAUGCAAGUGAUGAAGCCAAUAAAGAACUUGCAGCACAGUACGAGAUCCAGGGGUUCCCAACUAUUAAGAUCUUGCGGGAUGGAGGAAAGAAAGUUCAAGAAUAUAACGGUCCUCGUGAUGCAGCUGGUAUCAUAUCCUAUUUGAAGAAACAAGUGGGUCCUGCAUCUGCUGAAAUCAAGUCGAAGGAGGACGCCGCAAACCUUAUUGAUGAGAAAAGCAUAUUUGUUGUUGGUAUAUUUCCAGACCCCUCUGGAGAGAAAUUUGAGAACUAUUUAGCACUAGCUGAAAAACUGCGAGGUGAGUUCGAUUUUGCUCACACUGUUGAUGCCAAACACCUCCCUCAGGGUGGGCCAGUUAGUAAGCCCACUCUUCGUCUUCUAAAGCCAUUUGAUGAGCUCUUCGUUGAUUUUGAGGAUUUUCAAGUCGAUGCUAUGGAGAAGUUCAUUGCAGAAUCUAGUAUUCCUAUUGUUACUAUUUUUGACAAUGACCCAAUCAACCAUCCUUAUGUUAACAAGUUCUUUGAUGGCACCAACGCCAAGACAUUACUAUUUGUGAACUUUAGCUCUGAGCUUGAUGCUUUUAAGUCCAAAUACAAUGAUGUUGCUGUGCUUUAUAAAGGGAAUGGAGUGAGCUUUCUCUUGGGUGAUGUUGAGGCUGGUCAAGGUGCUUUCGAGUACUUCGGACUGAAGCCCGAACAGGCACCUGUGAUCAUCAUAAUGGACAGUGAUGAUCAGAAGUAUGUUAAGGACCACGUAGAGCCUGAUGCCAUUGCUGCUUAUUUGAAGGAUUACAAGGAUGGAAAACUGAAGCCACAUGUAAAGUCAGAACCCAUCCCUGAAACCAAUGACGAACCUGUUAAGGUAGUUGUUAGGGAUACCCUCCAGGAUAUGGUUUACAAAUCGGGGAAAAAUGUACUUUUAGAGUUCUAUGCACCUUGGUGUGGCCACUGCAAGAAUCUGGCUCCAAUUUUGGAUGAAGUGGCUGUAUCAUUUCAAAGUGAUCCGGAUGUUCUCAUUGCAAAACUGGACGCAACCGCAAAUGAUCUCCCAAAAGGUGAAUUCGACGUUCAGGGAUUCCCUACUAUGUACUUCAGAGCUGCCUCCGGUAACUUGUCACAGUACAAUGGUGAGAGAACAAAAGAGGCAAUUAUUGAAUUUAUUGAGAAGAACCGUGACAAGCCUGUUCAGUCAGACUCUGCCAAAGUCGAUUCAGCAAAGGAUGAACUUUAGAGGACUCUGGGAACAUUGUGUACUGGUGAAUUCAAAUUUUGUUGGGGAUUUGCUGUUUCUGUAUCUUCCUAUCCGACCCCCUUCCCCGACUGCUGCUCUCCCAAUGCACUUUUCGCGUCCUCUGAUGCUUCCCUUCUAGUUUUUGGUGUUUUUUAGCGCCAAUAAGACGGUUGUAUGUAAUCUACUCUGUAUCGAAUGUAGCUGGAUUAUGAGUUAUUAUCUGUUGAGAAGUUCUCCAACUUUAGUA